CAUAGUCACAUCCAUUCCGAUGUUACCAUCAUUCGCAGCCCCGUUCACUCGACCCUGUCUUACCUUGUCAUUCACUGAUUGCUUGGCCCCUGAGCUUCGCUUGCUUAGAUCCAUCGCUCGCAACUUGUAAAUUUCGGAUUCUGCUUGUCUUUUGACAGGAUGACCGUAAUCAUUACGACCUGUGUUUCUAGGAGGACGAUCCGGCUCUCGCACCUCCACUUCUGGCGCAAAUCCACAUAUCCAGCUGUAAUACACUGAGAGGUGAUAAGCUUCACAAAAUAAAACCUAUAAGAGCAUCUUUCGAUAGAGACGAUGGUCCUCAUAAUCACCCUUCCAAGUUGAUCAUUCAGGAGAUAUGUCUGGCGUAGAAACCUUCGCUGUUCCGUUGUCUGCAGAUGCUAUCUCCUCCGUGUGGCUUGCUGCGUUGAUCUCUGACCUUUCCAGCCCCAGUUUUACUCUCAAGCACUCGUUUACAAACGAUAGCUACUGGCGAGAUCUCUUGGCAUUCACUCCUGAUUUUCGUACCUUGCACGCACUUCCAGAAAUCCAGCAUUUUUUCUCAGUCCCCGUUGCCCUUGCACGGCCAAGUCGGUUCCGACUCUUGCCAGGUGUUCGUCAUCGGCGCAUUGGUCCUACAAAAACGUUCAUCCAGGGAAUUGUUCAGUUCCAUACGGCCAUAGCGCAGUGCACUGGCGUCUUCACUCUGACUCGAAGCGAGGACUCCUCAUGGAAGGCUUGGUCCUUUGUGACCAUGAUGGAUCAGUUGUCCGGCGUGGUCGAUCGCUUUAGUGCACAUACGCCUCUCUGCCGUCCUGCUGAGUGGAAACCUACAAUGGAGUACACAGCGGUCGUCGUGGGUGCAGGUCAGUGCGGCUUAUCCGUGGCUGCCCGUUUGGAGAAUCUCGGCAUCUCUACACUUGUCUUGGAGAGAUCUGGCGCAAUUGGCAAUAGCUGGCGUACUCGAUACGAGUCACUGGAGACGAAUACUCCAAGGGCGUACAAUCAUCUUCCCUUCGUCGCAUUCCCAGAGGGAUGCGGAAAAUAUAUUCCCUGUAGAGACGUUGCUGACUAUCUUGAAAAUUACCAAAGGACUCUUGGUCUUCAUGUGUUGACCUCGGCGUGCAUUUCCGCUACUUCAUAUGACGCUUCGUCAAGUACCUGGACAUUAUCUAUAUCUCUUUCAGGGCAAGCCUCCAUCACUGUGACAGCCCGGCACCUGAUUGGUGCAACAGGUACUGGUACAAUGGGAGGUGCACUCCCGUUUAUGCCGUCGAUUCCAGAAAAAAGUUCCUUUCUCGGUUCUGUUAUCCAUUCAAGUGAAUACAAGUCCUCCUCCUGUGUCGGCGCGCAGAAAGUCGUCGUCGUCGGCGCGGGAUGCUCUGCGCACGAUAUUGCUCAGGACAUGGCAAAUCAUGGAUCUCAGACAGUGCUUGUCCAACGUUCUCCAACUGCCGUUGUGAGUCGCCAGACGAUCGACCGUCUACUUACCGGAUAUGUCGGGCAGGACGUUCCUGCGACAGAGAUCGCCGACCGCUUUUAUGUCGCUCUCCCCUUGACAACCCUACAAAAUCCCCAGUACAACACUAUGGAGAUACAUGCCCACAUCGACCAGGACCUCAGGGAGAACUUGUCUCGGCGUGGAUAUCUCCUUCCUGGCCCUGAGGACAAUUUCUUACACCGUCUCUCCGUUCGACGAGGUGGCUUUUAUAUCGACCGGGGUUGUGCAAAGCUCAUCACAUCUGGCAAGAUCACUGUCAAGUCCGGGCAUGAGAUUUCCCACUUCUCCCCUUCCGGGUUGGUAUUCGACGAUGGUUCGCGAGUGGUCGCAGACCUUGUUAUCUUGGCCACUGGGUACUCGAAAACUACAAUUAAACAAGUUGCCGAGAGCCUUUUUGGGGCCCAGGUCGCGGAUGCCGUCCAUGAGCUUGGAGGAUGGGAUAAUGAUAAUGAGCUCGCAGGUGUUUGGAGGCCGACUGGACACGAUGGACUCUGGUUCGCAGAGGGCGAUCUCUUUUCUGCACGGUUCUACUCCCAAUUUCUUGCGUUACAGAUAAUGGCGAGGGAGAUGGGAUUGUUAAGUCCAGACCAGAGGAGUUACAUCUCAUACUGAUUUCAGGGAUCGGCUUCUCAAUUACCCUAGAUAUUAAAAAAGUACACAAGGUGUCCUUAGCUGCUGCCAACAACUUGUCAAUAACA